UCGACCGAGACUAGCGCGGGGCAGCUCGUUCUGUCUGCAGCGCGUGGCCAGACUGCAGCCUGCGAGGUCUGGCGAGGCAGCAGACGACAAUAUUGGUUGCUUCACAGGCAAAACAUUUUUUUUAAAAGAACAAAAAUCGACUUGUUGCAGCCGAACAGCGCGAGAAACGUGCGAUGCGGCACAAACUCCCGCGCGGCCGAGCAAACGACAGUCACGUGGCCUUGUGUGUCGUCUGCUGGAAUCACGACUGAGACACGUAAUCAAAGGCGACACCCCGUGUUGUGUGUUCGGGGUGGAUAAAGUGACUCCAUGUGCACAUUUGACCCUUGAAAGUUGAGAUACACGAUCAGUUGACACUGUCUCCUUGGAUUUCAAAGCUCGAGCACCGGCCUGGUGGUCAUGCACAGCACAAACAAACACGUGCCCUGGGAGCCAUGCUUCUCCACUGGCUUCCACAGAACUGUUUAUGCCGCGGGCUGAUGAAAAGCUUGGUGGAUAUACAAUGAGAAAAGGCCCAACAUCCGAUGCUGGUUAACCCUAAGUUGCUGCACACUGUUAUUGUUUCCAAACCCACAUCAUCUAACUCGCAAUUUUUAUUUUGGUUCAGCAAGACGGGGAGAAUCGACUCCAUGCCAGUACCUUGUGCCGUAUCUCGAUGCUUGCAUUGAUGUCCGGGUGUUUCCAUCUGACUGAACACUACACACCCCGUCCAGCACCUUGAUCGUCUUAUGAUCUGCUAGAACCGUCUUCUGGAAGAUUCCCCGUCUUGCUACGAGACUGACCAAUCGCUCAGCAAUCAUAGCAAGACCGUUGCCAAGGGUGACGGAUAUUGAAGACACCAUAUGAGUGGGAAGUGUCUUGUGAUUUUCUGUGCAAGCGACAACCACUGUUGUUUCCUGGAUUUGUUUAUGUGAGAUUUAUCUCUUAGGUGAGAGUAUUUUCCUUAAAACUGGAGGCACUCCAUUCGUCUGUGUAUAAUCAAGAGAUGUGAGUGUCAUUCUAUUCGUGUCGCUGUCAGUGUGGAUACAUUUCAAAAGGAACGGACUAUAACGGUUUGAAAACUUUGAUCGUCUGAUCAGAGCAAAAGAUGCGAGGCCUUGAUAAGUGACCUCGGUGGCAAACACAUGCCCUCUGCAGCUGAUUCCCGCAGCUGGCGAAAACUCGUUUUAAGGCGCCACUUCGUCUCGUAGGGGUGGAACUGAAGCUGAGAAAAUUCUUCUGCGGGGAAACCUUAUCUUCGACGCUACAGUUGUACAUUAACAUCGUGACUGGUGAAAAGAAAACAAAAUGUCAUGCUUCCUAAAAAACCACGACUCGCAUUUGAAGUCCGAAUAGUGAUUAAGUGGUGUCUGCUACACUCACCUUUCACUUAAGAUAGUCAGUGGGGAGAGAAGAAGAAAUGGAUUGUGUGCCCUUCAUUGGUUUUUAUCUCAGCACCUAGAGCAUUAUUGACUGUUCAUCAAUCAACAGCGCACUCUCUCUCUCUCUGCGCGUUACAUUUGGGAGGCUUAACUACCGCAUAUACCCAAAGAUCGAUUAAAACCUGCAAUGCAAAAACGCUUAAUUCUUCUGAAAGCAAUAAGCUGAACUUGUGAGCUUUUCGCUGGAAUAUUUUUUUUAAUCUGCUGUUAACCUGCAGAUAUCAGAAUGCAUACCGCGAGAUCAUGGCGCCCUCUGCUGGGAGUGCUGGUGAUGGUUGUGACCAUUCACGGACAGGACGAUGAUGCUGGCGACUUCCGGCUCGCCCUGAGAAACACUGACGUGCACCAGCACGCUUCAAAGGCCGAAGAUGCCGAGAGGCUACAGCACGCUAGCUCGUCAGCCACUAAUUUCAUCAGCGGUUUAUCAGGUUCACGCUUCCAGCAAGUACCCAACCACAAGACUCGUUUAGUCGUGCCCGGGCAAAUCGAUAACGGUCGACCAAACCUACCAACACUCGUGAGGGGAAAUGCACCUCCUUGGCUAAAAUUAUCCUCCGGAAACGUGGCAGGCCGUGACGAUGUCGGUGGUUUUACUGUCCGAGAAAAGCCAGAUUCCGAGACGCUGCUUUCUUUUCACUCCCACCGGGGAGACAAACAUGGAGCUAGUAUGGAGAAAAUGCCGAAGGCAAAAAGGCAGUGGAAUUUCCUCACUAGUUUUCACUCUGAAGGAAGCAGUCCAGUAGACCGCAAAUUAGAGCUGACAGAAACGGUUUCUGGUCCACCAUUUCGAUCGAUAGUUCCAGAAGUAAUGGGGUUUUCCGACCUUAAGGGGGACAACUCGGCGAUCAAGCAGUCUUUAUACUUAACUCUUCUGGGAGAAAUUGCUAGUCACACGUCAAAUUUAGGCAAAAGGGGGUUACGAAGAGGGCAGAUAGAAGAUAUGGCGGCCGGAACCCGGAAGAUCACGAGGUUUACUGGGAGACACGGCUCAGCUCAAACGAAAAGAACAAAGACAGAAGCUAUGUUACACACUAGUAAUUAUUCAGUCAGUCUGUCCUCGCGGGGUCAUGUCCGGUCCUAUAAGGACCUCAAGGUGAUCGAAGCCGACAAACCUUCAAGAAGGUUUAAACAUUCUGGGGAACGAAAAAGACGUGAGGUUGACCCUGAAGCCGAGGCUGAGCAGACCAGUCCUCAGUCCAGCACUGUGAAUGAAAACGUUACUGUUAAAGAGUUUCUAUUCUGGACAUCAGAAGGGGGUUCAGUUAAUGCGAGUGGAGUGCAAAUGGUGUACGACGAGGAGCCAGCGCCUAGUGAGGAUGAUUAUGAUCAGAACGUGGACUGGACGCCGGAGACCACAAGCCCGGGCAUAACUAGUGCAUCGGAUGAAGCGCACCAUUCAUCAGCCACAAUGUCAGCAAUCAAGUCAACCACGGAUACGGCAGGAUACAAACCGACCACAGAUACAACCGCAUAUGCCUCGAGCACAGAGUCCUCAACCUUUCCCGAGACGGUGGAUGACAGGCGUGAGGCUUACACGUCGACAAACUCAAGUGCAGAGCCCGCAAUAGUUACGGGAUUGACAGAAACAGUCGAAACUUCUUCUAGUCACGCAGAUCCCUCCGGAGAUGUUAUCGAUAAAGAAAAAACAACCACUUACACAGAAAGCGAUGUUGUACCGGAAUUUGGAGUUACUGACGUCGUAGACAAGUCAUUCGCCACAGUAGUUUACGAAUCACAAAGCACGGUCACGCAAUCGACUUCUGUGUCGGAAGGACAGACAGGAUGGGUCUCAAACGAUGUAAGUGUUGUUGUAGAACUCGACUCGAAGCAAUCGACGACUGGCUCGGUUGAACUUGACCAAACCAGCGUCACAGGCUCCUCAUCGCACGGACCAGCUGAUGAAGUGAGACUCAUUAACAACAACGGCUCUUUAGUGACCCGUGAAUCUGGGGAAAAGUUGGCAUUCACUUCCUCCGCCAGCUACCUUAUUAAUGUCACACAGGAAACCCCGACCUAUCCGAAUAACACCCACGGAACCAGCCAUUCUAAUGAGGUUAUUAUAGCAACGACCUUGCCAUCCUUCCGGUCUGAUCAAGACGAAAGUAAAGUGUCUACAGCAUUGCCUUCUAGCAACACUCAGACAACGGUGGAGGAUACUUCCCAGGAUUCGUUGGCUUCGAGCCCGUUGAGCACGCUAGAAGUUUCUGAUCCUACAAGCACUUUCAGAUCGGCUUUUAUUUUACCAGAAGGAAUCGAGGUAGAAUAUUCUACCCCAGAGGAUGCAGACUUUGUAACAGGCUACACGUCGACGAUUGGCAUGCUUUCCUCUUCUCACCGGAUGGAGACGUCCCAGGAUUACUUCCCUGAACAGACGGGUGAAACUAAAGACAAACCGAAAGUACCUCCAGAACCAAGGACCUCGAAAGGGGGCGAUGGGGUUGAUAACGGUGAGCAGACAGAGCCCGCUUCGGAGCCAGACUUUGACUGGGAGGCGGCAAAGGCAGACUGGGGCUACUUCUGGCACCUGCAUCUGUACGUACUGGGGGCGCUGUUUGGAUUGCUGGGGUUCUUCGCUCUCCUCUGCAUCAUCAGCACCUGGCGCGUGCGACUUCUCUUGCCUCGCCCUUACUUCGUCACCUUGAACCUACUGGUGCUGCUGCUGUGUGUCAGCCGCGCGUGCUACCUGCUGGUAGAUGGAUACAACUCGCAGGGCACAUUGUAUGUCGCCUUGGAUCACUUUCUCUAUCUUAUCAGCUUCCCUUGCCUGACAUCGGCCUUCAGCGUGCAGGUGUUUGCACUGCUGCAAGCCACCACCUUGCAACUUUUGCCGCCGGCCAUACAAAAGAUGGGCUUGCUGCUGACGAUAGUGGUCCUCCAUUGCGGCCUGGCCAUCAGCACUGCUGUGGUGCUGAGCACCGUCCCGGGCAUGGCAAUUCUGCUUCUCGUCUGUCAGCUCUUUUUCGUCGUCUGGGGCCUCUUCCUCUUCUCUGGCUACAUCAUCAUUUUCCGACGACUUCACGCGCAAGCGCUGAAGCGGCAGAAGAACCUGGGCAAGCAGAUGCCCAGCUACCACAGCGGCGCCACCGUCACCCUGGAAGUGGACACUCGCAAGUUCAUGCUUAGCGGCGCUGUCAAGGUGACGCUUGGCGCAGCUAUCGCUGGUCUCCUCGUCGUAGGCUUGGAGAUUUACGGCAUCGUCUUCAUCUACCAGAUCUUCUCGCUCGCCAGACGGCAGCACUGGCCAUGGUGGAUCUACCACACCUUGCUAAGGUGUGCCGAAGUCCUGAUGGCCGGCUUGCUGUGCUAUGUCGCUUCACAUCCUUUCCGUCAGCGACGCGAAGGUCGCUGCUGCUGUCCCGUACUCUGCGCGCCUUGCAUCGAACUCUGCUGCUGCUGCUGCGUCGGUUCCGGACGCUUCAGGUCGUCACUCCAACAACGAAGAUGUGGGUUGGCCCGAUGGCGACAGCUGCCUCCUGAAGAUCCGCCGGCCAGCGUGGCGACAACGAUUAUAGCCUGUUAAGGGCCGGGAUGGAAGGAACAAUGGUUGGGCGAGAGAAACACGAAACUGGGGGGACACCUCAACGAUCGCGCCCAAGACGCGUAUCUGCUUCAGCGACAAAGACCACGUGAUGCCUUUCGUGACGUCACAGCAUGGGCUUGAGACGGGAGACGCGGAACUCGUAAAUUACUUGCCAGUGACGGAACGGGAGGGGCGCUAUUACUCGGGGUCCCGGCUCUUGCCCUACGCUGACGAUUAUCUCGACGAGGGCUACAACAACGACAGCUCAGUGUUUUCUUCCACCCACUGUCAGGAGAUCGGACUCGAAAGCUUUUCUGCUCACAACGGCGUGCUCAACACCGCCUUCCACCCUACCGCCGAGGACGGCGACGAUGAUGAUCUGGUGCCGCCGUCGUCGGCUUUGCUAAGCAAAUCCCGCAAGAGCAGCCUGGCCAGUAGUGAGUUUUUUCAUCCGCCUUCCUCCCUCUCCAUCGCUGGUAGCUUCGCCUCGGAACUGGACAAAGCCUUCAGGAGUAUGCGGGAAGAGUCCUUGCUAGCCGACCUAGAACCCGUAGGGGAUGGUGUCGGAGUAGGCGAGGGCACAACCACGACCAACCUGGCCCAAUUUCUUCCCGACCCUGUGGAUCUGUCGAGGUUUUCCCGGGGGCAGCCUUCUGUUGUUGAGAGUGCUUCUUCCUCCCACCCAGACAACACGCCGAUGGAGAGGUUUCUUCUGGACCAGCAGGUGGGCGAGUGCCCAGUCGGAAGACCCAUGCGCCGCUCGCGUUCAGCCAUGGGUCGGCUCCUGGAGGGAAGCAGCAGUAGUGUCGGGCCUUCGGACGUGGAGCCCUGGGACCAGAAACUGUUCCGUUCUAAAAGUGACAGCAUCGGCGUCGUCUGCAUUAAACAGGUAGACGGUGACCACUACAUGUCUAUGCUAGACGUCGAGAGAAACCAGCAGCCUGUAACAUCACGCCCCGAGGACUGUGAGCGCUGGCUGAAGCGUGACGCUGAUGAAGCACGCCAGAACCCUUCGGUAGGUGGCGUAGCGAUGGACAGGGCACUGGCGGGGAGGAGUGAGGUGGAGGACUACGGCGCCAACGGCUCGACUGAGCAGGAACUGUUUGACCCCACGUCUCAUUUUAACAACCAAGAGAUGGGCAGAUCACUUCUGACGCCCAUUGACUACCACUCGGACGAUAUUGAAGUGUGAGGUUGGCGGGGUGGCUUCCCCUUCACCAUUUCUUCUUUACAGCAUUCCGCACUCUUCGGGGCCAACGAGAUCGCGAAAUCAGCAGUGGUCAAAGGCCGUGGAGAGGGUCAGUUCACAGGGUUGUAAGAAAGUGUCUUCCUACCCUGCUAUGGCUCGUAUCCUGAUAUAUCCUAUCCCCGAACAGUCUUUCGUGACAUACAAUACGAUAGUAUGUGAUGGCGGAGUGUCUUCAUCGCCCUUUUCGCACUGUGAUCAUAACAUUGACAAUGAACAUGGCGGUGUGUGGGAGAGCGGAUGUGUUCUUGAAAGCCCAUCGCUGACAUUGAAGCAGGAGAGUCUUUUGUCCUUCUAAAUGGGACGGCAUCAGAGUAUGGCAGGCAUGGCGGGCAUUUCAUACGAGCUUUGUUUUCGCAAGAUGUUGCAUGUAAAAGCUGUAUACAAUGCUGGCCAAUUUGCGGAGAAAAAAACCUCAUCGCUUCACAGGAUGGGAUAUGCUGAAAAUAGUCGUCUGAGCUCUUUGAAUGACUAGAUUCUUGAUCACAUUUUGAAAAGAAAAACAGUAUUACAUGUACUCACUAAAUAUCUUUGCCAUGUUAACAUUAUGUCACUGAUACGUGAGCCAAUGGUGUGCUGCUCGAUGAGAGUAGGAAACACCCAAUAAAGUUCGUGAACAGUG